AUGGCCGCUAAGUCAGACGGGAGGCUGAAAAUGAAGAAGAGCAGCGACGUGGCGUUCACCCCGCUGCAGAACUCGGACCACUCGGGCUCGGUGCAGGGAUUGGCUCCGGGCUUGCCGUCGGGGUCGGGAGCCGAGGACGAGGAGGCGGCCGGGGGCGGCUGCUGCCCGGACGGCGGCGGCUGCUCGCGCUGCUGCUGCUGCUGUGCCGGGAGCGGCGGCUCGGGCGGCGGCUCCGGGGGCUUGGGCGGCCCGGGCGGCGGCGUUGGCGGCCCGGGCGGCAGCGGGGCGGGCUCGGCGGCGCUGUGCCUGCGCCUGGGCAGGGAGCAGCGGCGCUACUCGCUGUGGGACUGCCUCUGGAUCCUGGCCGCCGUGGCCGUGUACUUCGCGGACGUGGGCACGGACAUCUGGCUCGCCGUGGACUACUACUUGCGCGGCCAGCGCUGGUGGUUCGGGCUCACGCUCUUCUUCGUGGUGCUCGGCUCGCUCUCGGUGCAAGUGUUCAGCUUCCGCUGGUUCGUGCACGAUUUCAGCACCGAGGACAGCGCCACGACCGCAGCCGCCUCCAGCUGCCCGCAGCCUGGAGCCGAUUGCAAGACUGUGGCCAGCAGUGGGUCUGCAGCCGCGGAAGGCGAGGCUCGUCCUUCCACGCCGCAAAGGCAAGCGUCCAACGCCAGCAAGAGCAACAUCGCCGCCGCCAACAGCGGCAGCAACAGUAGCGGGGCCACCCGGGCCAGCGGCAAACACAGGUCUGCGUCCUGCUCCUUCUGCAUCUGGCUCCUGCAGUCACUGAUCCACAUCUUGCAGCUCGGGCAGAUCUGGAGAUAUUUCCACACCAUAUACUUAGGUAUUCGAAGCCGGCAGAGUGGGGAGAAUGACAGAUGGAGGUUUUACUGGCAAAUGGUGUAUGAGUAUGCAGAUGUGAGUAUGCUGCAUUUGCUAGCCACCUUUCUGGAAAGUGCUCCACAGCUGGUCCUGCAGCUCUGCAUUAUCGUACAGACUCAUAGCUUACAGGCCCUCCAAGGUUUCACUGCGGCGGCCUCCCUCGUGUCUUUGGCUUGGGCCCUGGCCUCUUACCAGAAGGCCCUCCGGGACUCUCGAGACGACAAGAAGCCCAUCAGCUACAUGGCCGUCGUCAUCCAGUUCUGCUGGCACUUCUUCACCAUUGCCGCCAGAGUCAUCACUUUCGCCCUCUUCGCCUCGGUUUUCCAGCUCUACUUCGGGAUCUUCAUCGUCCUCCACUGGUGCAUCAUGACCUUCUGGAUCGUACACUGUGAGACAGAAUUCUGUAUCACCAAAUGGGAAGAGAUUGUGUUCGACAUGGUGGUGGGGAUCAUCUACAUUUUCAGCUGGUUCAACGUCAAGGAAGGCAGGACUCGCUGUAGGCUCUUCAUUUACUACUUUGUGAUUCUUUUGGAAAAUACAGCCUUGAGUGCCCUCUGGUACCUCUACAAGGCUCCCCAGAUCGCAGACGCGUUUGCCAUCCCGGCGCUGUGUGUGGUGUUCAGCAGCUUUUUAACUGGCGUCGUUUUUAUGCUGAUGUAUUAUGCCUUCUUUCACCCCAACGGACCCAGGUUCGGGCAGUCACCAAGCUGUGCUUGUGAGGACCCAGUCGCCGCCUUCACUCUGCCUCCAGAGGUGGCCACGAGCACGCUCCGGUCCAUCUCCAACAACCGCAGUGUCGCCAGCGACCGCGACCAGAAAUUUGCAGAGCGGGACGGGUGCGUCCCUGUCUUUCAGGUGAGGCCCACGGCCCCGUCCACCCCAUCGUCUCGCCCACCACGGAUUGAAGAAUCUGUCAUUAAAAUUGACCUGUUCAGGAAUAGGUACCCAGCGUGGGAGAGACACGUUUUGGACCGAAGCCUCCGGAAGGCCAUCUUAGCCUUUGAAUGUUCCCCGUCUCCUCCAAGGCUGCAGUACAAAGAUGAUGCCCUUAUUCAGGAGCGGCUGGAGUAUGAAACCACCUUAUAA